AUGUACAUACCCAAUUCGACGUGGACCUGGGUCUUUUCCCUAGUGUCGCUGGCACAAGCUUGUAUUGCCUUGGCUCUCGAAGGAUAUGUCUUUGGCAAGUUCCAGCACAGCUUGGAGGGCAAUGCUGAGAGCACCAAGCAAUCACGCACCAUUCCUACCUACCUCGCCGUCUUCAUGUUCGGCUACAUCUAUCAGCUGGUCCUGGUAUGGGAUGCCCUGCGGAUGAAGAACACCAUCCAGGUCAUCGGUCUCUGUUGUUACAAUGUCGGCAUUAUCAUCUACGCUGCUAUCCAGAUGGACCAGAUCAAGGACGCUGCGACCUACCUGCAGACACAGCGUUUCAUCCAUCCUGAAUUUUGGAGUGAGAUAAAGCCCGUCUUAAUUGCUCUUCCCUGCCUGAUGGCUCUUGGAACCCUUAUACUGUCAAUUGCGGCUUGGAAGCUCUACGAUGAAUUUGCGUGGACAAUUUACAAGCAUAUCAGUGCCGACUUGAGGCUAAAACGCCGCUAUCUUGUCUACCAGAUUUAUAUUGCCCUCCUGAAGUUCGAUUUCUUCUUCUUCCUCGGCUUCACCGUCCAGUUUCUUGUCGUCGUCAAGAACACCACUGACGCUGAAUACUACCUGACCAUCGCCGCCCUGCCCAUCACCUUCUUCCUGCUCAUCCUCGCCGCCUACUGGACCCGCAAGGAGUAUGUGUGGGGCAUGGUCGGCAUCAUCAUCAUCUACUUCGCCGCCCUCGCCUACUUCCUCUUCAAGCUCGUCCGCAUGUACGCCGCGCCCCCGAACCGCGUGGACGACUACCUCCCCGCGCGCCGCGUCCUGACGUCGUUCGCCGUCCUGACCAUCCUGCUCCUCAUCAUGACCAUCAUCAUCGCGUGCUGGUGCACGUCCAACUUCAACAAGGGCCUCAAGCCGCACAUCACGAAGCGCAAGCUGCCGAGCAACAAGGAAGGCCAGAAGGGCUACCAGCAGGAGAUGCCGUCGAUCAGCGGGCCGGCCCCGAGCAGGAUGACGAUUGAUUAA